AUGGCGCCCGGGGCACGUUGCCUGCGUGUGGCGAUGCUCAACGCCGAUACAUCGGUCCCGAACACGUAUGCCGACCUGGGCACGUUCGGGGACAUACUGCAUCGGAAGCUGCUUGCUGCCGCGCAUCGGACGAGUGCACACUUGGAGAUCGUCCACUCAGUCUACAAUGUCGUGGCGGGCGAGUAUCCUGCUUCGACGGAUGGCCUGGACGCCGUCUUCAUCACUGCAUCGGCGGCAUCUUCAUAUGGCAACGAAGAGUGGACAAAGCGGCUGGAGCAAUAUGUCGUGACGCUGUACACAACGUGUCCCCGGGUGAAAUUAUUCGGCAGCUGUUUUGGCCACCACAUGAUCUGCCAGGCUUUGCUGAAGGAUCAUGGGGUGGUCGUCGCGAGGCGCCCGGGCGGCUGGGAGAUUGGAGUCAGCGAGGUCAGGUUCACAGCAGAGUUCAGAGAGGCAUUUGCCCCUGUUGGAUCGUCACAGAGCUCUCAACGGUGGGCUGGCCGGCUACCAAGCCCGGAAAGCGAGGAUGGGGAGGACUGUGAUGGGGACCCAUGCCUGCGAGGGCGCUCCGACUGCGUUGUUCCCAAGAGCGCUCACCUGGAGUUUGUACAUGCCGACGAGGUUGUGCUGGCCCCUGCAGAAGUGUCGUUGCCAAAGCCCUGGGUGCUGUUGGGCACCACAGAGCAUUGCAGGGUUCCGGGAAUUUACCAGCCGGGACGAGUCCUCACACUGCAAGGGCAUUUCGAAUUUGACACGUUCAAAAGCCAGGAGACCAGGAGGAUAUUUGGCGCCGAGGAGGCCACAGCUUCCGGGCCAGCCGACGUCUCUGAUCCUGCAAAGACCCCGGGGCCAGCACUGGAUGACGGUGAAGCUGUGGUGGAUUUGCUUGUCCGUUUCCUGGCUGACGAAUGUGCCCAGACCAGAGUGGGAUGUAACAAGUUUCCAGCAGAUGCCGACCUGCCAACUCCAUGA